GACCAAUUUCCCUGGAGGACAUCGGGUCGUUGCCACGUCUCUGCAGCCCAAAAGCAAAGAAGACACCUUUUCAAAGCCAAUUUCUGUAAGAAAACGAGCUCAGCGGUGGAUGACGACAAAGUCUGAAGAUACACAAGAUGCGAGAAAGCUGCCAGUCAAAGUUCGUCAGUGAGAGCGCGACGCGUAAAGGAGCCCCUGCGAUGAAGAAACCUGCAAGAAGCUCCACUCGGUAAGAGGUGGAAGAGUGACGCUAAGAGAGAAAAGACAGAAGAGUGGAGGCAAAAGAACAACACCAGAGCGUCCUCAAAUGAUGGGGAUAAAGCACCUUCUGCUUCUUUUGAUUUACUUAGACCCACUGAAUGUCCUGUGCUCCGCCACCGCCAACAAGAAGACCAGAACCCCGCCGAGGAGGCCCCCAAAGGUGAAGGAGGUCAACGGCAGCUCCACAGCGGUCCCGGCGGCCGCGGCCGUCCCGGGGAAGAUCACGCAGCUCCAGGCUCCCUCGGUCGUCCAGCACGACACCUGCCUGGGCUACUACGACGUGAGCGGGCAGUACGACAAAGAGUUCGCCUGCAACAACACCGACCACCGCUUCUGCUGCGGCAGCUGCUUCCUGCGCUUCUGCUGCGCGGACCGGGGGAAGCGGCUGGAGCAGAGGAGCUGCACCAACUACAACACCCCGGACUGGAUCAAAACCCAGCCCCCGUCUCCGGCGCCCACAGGUGACACGUACGACCCGGAGCUGGACCAGACCAACGCCACGAUGUACAUCACCUGCGGGGUCAUAGCGCUCAUCAUUGCCAUUGGGAUUUCUGCAAAAGUUGCCUACGAUAAAGCCACCAAGCCGCCUCAGGAAAUGAAUGUGCACAGAGCCCUGGCCGACAUUCUGAGGCAACAAGGACCAGUGCCAAUAUCUCAGUAUGAAGAGGAGAACAUUGCAGCUUUUGACGGGUCACCUAAAGAUGAAACACCGGUCAGAACCUUGAAGAAUCAUUACACACCUGUUCACGCCAAGCCAUCCAACCACGGCCACUAUGGGAAAGAGAACCUUCGCAGCGGAGGCCAGGACAUGCACAACUUCAUCUCCUCUGGGUUUGUGACGCUUGGACGUGGCCACUUAAAAGCCCAGCACUCCAUAGACGAAUCGCAGAUGUCCUGGCAGGGCGAUCUGGACAUCCCUAUGUCCUACGCUCCAAACUUGACGAUGUUUGGCUUCCUGUUCCGCUGCGGUUACGGAGCUGCUCAUGCUGACUACCCAGUGCUUCCACAUGUUGUCGAGGUCUCCAGCAUGGCUGAGGUUUAA